AUGAACACGCCAUGGAACAAUUCCACCAUGCAAGACACCCUGAAUCAGCUGGCUGGAGAGUUUGAAAAAGAGCGUAUCCGAGGCCUGUCUAACAGCAGCACUGUCAAGGUUGCCAAGGCCGCGACGCAGGUCAUUCUCCAUACUGCGAGCACCAUCGGUGCCAUUGCAGGCACCGUAUUUGCACCGGCGCCCGUCAUCGCGGAAGGGCUCCUCUUUGUUUUGCGUGCGACGGAGAAAGUAUCGGAUCAACUCGACCAAAUCGAAAAGUUCUUCAAACUCACGGCAAGCUUCUUCAAACGCCUCGCCAUCCUCGAAGGGAGGUUGCCAGAUGGACCUCAAUUUGCCGAGCAGAUUUUGAAUGUGUUCGAUAGGCUUCUUGGCUUCAUUGUCGAUGCCCAGGUGUAUGUCGCCCGCGGGAAAUUCAAGAACUUCAUCAAAGAGCUCGCCAAGCCAUCUACACCCUUAUCUGAUACGCAUGCCAUGUUUCAGGAUCAGCUAAACCGGCUCGACUCGGCGGCAAUGUUUUGCACACUGGGUAUCUCCGUCGACGUCGACAGAAACGUUAAAGAUAUUAGAGAUUCGGUGGACGUCAUCGCCAAGGAUACACACCACAUUGUGGGGAAGAUAGAUGGGCUAAGUACGAACAUCGUUGACCUGCACAUGCAGCUCGGUAAUUUCAGACAAGACUUCCGCAGUUUCUCCUACGAGGUACGAUACAAACCUGCGACGGAGAAGGUCCGUAACCAGAUAGGGGAUACCGUCACGGUGGACCGCGUCACCUAUCAAGCUCACGUUCUGGGAACCCUGAGGGCGUCGUUCGAUAUCGGGGAUACGGAGAGCCUACACCGAAGGCGACUGGCCAAGAUGUUGUCGUCACGCCUCCUCGGCACCUGCGAGUGGAUCUACCACCAAGAGGCUUACCAGACCCUACUAGAUGGAAGCUCUCAGACCCUUCUCAUAAAAGGUAACCGUCACACUGGGAGAAGCAUGCUGUUGUCCUUUAUUUUCGAACAUAUCAAGAACUACAAACGUCAGCUUCCCAUCAAUCGAACCAAAACCCCCAUCGAACCAGCGUGCAUAUCAGUUGCCUACUUUUGCUUCGGCCAGGAGUGUGGAGGCAGGAACUCUGUUGACGACAUGAUUCGUUGCUGCGUUAUCCAGAUCGUCGAACAAGAAGACCACGCGUAUCGGAAGUGGGCCAUGGAUCACUGCCUCCGGGAGAAAUCUCAAAAUACCAAUCCCACAUGGACAGAUUACUUCGUAAAGGGAUUCUCAUCACUAGAGAGCGACUCGCCGCAGCCCUGGCUAUUCCUGAUUCUGGACGAUGUCGAUAUUGUUGAGUCGAGGGAGAGCCUCAACGAUUUCCGACAAAGCAUCAAAGACAGAAAAUUACGGAUUAGUCUUAUCCUCACCGCCGCUUCAAACCUGGAUCGCAUGAUUCCAAAAGGGUCUACGAUUGCCCUAGGGGAUGGCAACACAAACGCUGGCAACGACCUCCGUACCUUCACCAAGCAUCUCGCCAUGAGCCUGCCGCGACUUAGCGACUUUCCACAGAAAACACACGAAACGCUUGUCAAUGAAGUGUGUAAGAAGGCGACGACCUACCUGUACGUAGAUUACGCUCUGCGGCGGUUCGACGUGGAUGGCGGCAGCAAUUUGUCUCUGUUAGAAACGUUCCAAACAGAUUGCAAGGAUAUAUACAAAGACCUCUUUCACACAUGCACCAAAGACCGAAACGCGCAAGAAGGAGCACAGCUUCAGUGUCUGUUCACCUGGCUCGCUUUCUGCAAAAACCACUAUAUAAGCCUUGGGGCAGCAAAAUUGCUGCUCGAGUUGGUUUUUCAAUGGCCUAUCUUCCAAGAACCGAAGGAAGACGGCAAAUCAAGUCACGAGACGCCAGCCAACCCGGAGAAUCAACACCAUUCCAACCGCCAAUUAGGCCUUGCGGCCGGCGAUAGACUGAAAGUGGAACUCGCCGGCAACCUGUCCCUUCUUCUUUCCCGGUCAGCCCCUGUAUCCAGGCCAACGAAAAAGCAUCAGGAGGAUGCUGGUCAUGAGGGCGACGACGAUCUAAUUCAGUUUCGACAUUCUAUGCUCCAGGCAUUCUGGUCCACAGGAAAGUCUUCUCUUCCAUCAUCAUCGGCCGAAGUUCUCAUGUUCAAGAUGCUCUCCCAUAUUCUCAGCUGGAAGAGCGACGUCGGGAAACACAUGGCGAAGAGUCGGGAUGAACUCAAGUGUCAAGCUGCUACACUUUGGUUCGAGAUCUUACGGACGGCCUCAUCACCCUACGUAGCACGAGUCAAGGCCCCAGACAAUGCUCCAGUGAAACAAAGUAGAAAGAAAUCGGAAAGGACACGCGAAGGCUCCAGCCGUAAGAACAAACCGGGAUCGUCAUCGGAUAAAAAUCAGCAAACAGCUACCACAGGAGACACAAGGAAGCGUAACAAGCCGGCUACUACCACCCCAGGCAGGAAAAAGACACAAGCGUCCCUGUUCAUCGCAAAGACCAUGGUAGAAGGAAUAGCUCAUGUCUUCAGCAACGAGAAUAACGCAUUAAAACUCCUGGAAGCUGAAGUAGAUUGGGAAGCUUGUCAAUCCCUACUGGGAACGAACGACGAGGAGGUGGAUAACACCUUGGAAAUGAUUUCUUACUGGCUGUAUUCAGUACAGUACAGUCAAAUGGCCCAUUUGCCCGAAGGUACAGCUGCUCGUACGUGGCUCAAGAUACGAGAGGGCGGAGUUGAGGACAAGCUUCCCUGUAGGGUCCUUGAAGAAUUGGCAAAGAGUCACAGAGCCAACUGGUUGGCGGCACAGUUCCCGAGCGCCGCAUAUAUAUCCUUUCGAUUCGCCUACCAAGCGCAGCGCGAUUGGGAAAGACACGAUGCAUCAGUGGAAGUCAGAGGGAACGCACUCGACGAAACUACUCCGAAAAACCGCGCAGAAACAAUCCUCAAAGUGGCAAGGGACUUGACAAACGUGUCAAUGAAUCAAGACAACAGGCUCUUACCUAGUAUUGCCACCGCGAUGGCUUUGCGGUAUGAUGGAUUGCAUCAAUUCGCCUUGGAAGAGGUUCUCAAAGGGGCUGAGAUGAUCGAGGCACCAGACAACAAGAAAGUGUUCAAAGUUUUCAAAGACGCCUUUGACAAGGCUAUUGAAGCGCAAAACGGCGAGCCUGGUCCGAGCAUCAGUGGGUACGAAGAUGAUCUACAAAAACACAUGUUCUCUGCGGCGGAGGCCAAGCAUGGGUUUGAAGUUUAUAACCGGAUUGGGCGAAUCUGUUAUGGGCAGGGAGAGGACAAAACAGACAUGGCAAUUGAGGAUGGUGCUCUUUCACUACCGCCAACGACAUCGAGAAUGGAGGGAUAUCUCAAAGCAGCCCGGAUAGCAUUCGUCACGGCGCUCCAAAUGAAGCCCGGCGACAUGACUUCAAUGUUACCUGAGGAGAGGCGGAACAUCUUGCGAACUUAUUGGUUGAAGGCGAAGGUGGAAGCAGUCCUCGGAGAUCACGAACGAGCUUUGCGGAGUAUAAUGGAAGCCGUGAACUGUGCGAAGGCUACCAAUCAGGAGACCACGACGGGCUUUUUCGACGAGCUAGUUUACGAGCUGGGUGGAAACCAGAAUGGGUCAAAGAAGGACGGGUCAAAGAACGUUCUUGAACUUCUGGAAAACGUGGGGCAUAUGCAGUUUAUCAAGGGAUGCAUGGCUGAAACACAUAGACGAAUCCACAAAGCAGCGAAGAGAGAGGGCGAGUCAGCUGCCCGAAGGGUCAACGAGACUUACAAGAAGGCAGUCGACCACCUGGUUGAAGAGAAUGAUGCAGCAGCGCAGACGCUGUCUAUUUGGUGGGCUGAUUUUGUGCGGUUUGUGUUGGCAGAGUUGAAGGUGGACGAGGUCAAAGAGGUGGGCGAGGCCAAAGAUGCGGAGCACAUUCUUCGCCGAGCACUCAACGUGAAAGCAGUCGGCAACAUCGAUACUAUAUUUCGCAUCAGCUGGCGGCUCUCAGACAUACUUCUUAAUCAGUUCCUGGAUGCUACGACAAAGAAACAGGAACUCGUCGACAAGAAAGAUACCCUCGUCAAGAAGCAGGCAGCCCUCGAUAAGAUGAUGGAGGUGAUGUCCCAGUUGGAGGGAAUCCGGCCCGAGUUUGAGGGCAACCAGUCUCAAAUGAGCAUCCCAUUGUCCAUCAUGCGACGCAAACUCGGCCCAGCAUUGGCCUUCUUCGAGGGUGCCGACAUGGCCUUCCGCGGAUGCAUCAAGGCGCUGACGGACGAGCGGCAGGACAACGACGCCCCAAGCUUCCAGAUACUUGCCAAGGUCCUGUGCUUGGUGCCUGAUCUCGAGGAGCAUGCAGAGAUCGCCGCUUCCUGUCAGUUCUACGUCAUCAACGACGGGUUGUUCACAAACAAAUACCAGUCCCCUGUGAGCUGCAGUUACUGCGAGAGAGUAGUCGCUGGCGAUGUCCAGACAGAGGCCGUUUAUCUAUGCUGUUAUUGCACCAACACAUUCGCCUGCCAGAGUUGUCACAAAAAGAACCAGACCGCCAGGAACCGGGCAAUAGAAGCCGCGGACACGAGCGAGGCAGAGGCAGAUACAAUCGUGCUGCAAGUUCCGUGUCGCAGAGAGCACAUGUAUAUAGCAGCCCGGGGCGACAGCUGGAGUGGCGUGAGGAAUGGCAAAAUGAUCCGCAAAGGCGAACCUGAGAAAGAAUUAUCAUUUACGGAUUGGUUACGCGAGCUCGAACAAACAUGGGAGGCUGCAUGGCAGGAGUUUUGGAGCGAGCGUCCUCCUCUAGUAUAA